AUGAUCGCCUCUUACGCCCGUUUGCUCACCUCUGUGUGUGCGCUGGCCAGCACCGCUGCGGCAUUGACCCCACUGGAGGUCAGCGGCAAGGACUUCGUGAACUCGGAGACUAAGGAUCGUUUCCAGAUUAUCGGUGUGGACUACCAACCCGGUGGUUCCUCUGGCUUCACCGCGAAGAAGGAUCCGCUGAGCGAUGCCGAUGUCUGUCUGCGUGAUGCUGCCCUCAUGCAGCGUCUGGGUAUCAACACCAUCCGUGUGUACAACUUGGAGCCUUCGCUCAACCACGACAAGUGUGCCUCUAUCUUCAACGCUGCCGGUAUCUACAUGAUCCUCGAUGUCAGCAACCCUCUGCAGGGUGGCUACCUCGACCGCAGCGCUCCUUGGACCACUUACAGCGCCAUUUACUACAAGCAGGUCUUUGGUAUCAUUGAGGGCUUCAAGAACUACGACAACCUGCUCGGUUUCUUUGCUGGAAACGAGGUCAUCAACGAGAAGGCUGUCUACUCUGCCCCCAAGUACAUCCGUGCUGUUGUCCGUGACAUGAAAGACUACAUCGCCAAGAACUCCAAGCGUGCCAUUCCCGUCGGUUACUCUGCCGCUGAUAUCCGCAACAUUCUCAUGGACACCAUCCACUACUUCGAGUGUGACCUCAAGAACUCGACCUCCUCCCGCGCUGACUUCUUCGGUCUCAACUCUUACUCCUGGUGCGGUGACGCGGACUUCAAGUCCAGCGGCUACAACGUCCUGACCGAGGACUUCACCAACGCUACUAUCCCCGUGUUCUUCUCCGAGUACGGCUGCAACGAAGUCAAGCCCCGUACCUUCACUGAGGUGCAGGCCAUCUACGGUGUCGAGAUGACUCAGGCCUUCUCCGGUGGUCUCGUUUACGAGUGGACCCAGGAGGAUAACGACUACGGCAUGGUCAAGAUCAACGACUCCAACACUCUCACCACUCUCGUCGACUUCGACAACUUCCAGAAGCAGGUCAACAAGCUCGACUUCGACCGUAUCACCUCCAGCAACUCUACCCAGGCUAACGUCAAGGCUGAGACCUGUGAGACCUCCCUCAUCACCCGCAAGUCUUUCUACAACGCCUGGGACCUGCCCGAGGUUCCCUCCAAGGUCUCCGACUACAUCAAGAACGGUCUUCCCAAUGCCCCCGUUGGAAAGCUGGUCUCUGUCUCCAGCACCACCAUCCCCCAGAAGGUGUACGACCACACCGGUAAGGAAAUCACUGGCGUUAAGUUCGAGGUGAAGUCCUCUUACAACACUCCCUCUGCUUCCAACACCUCUUCUUCUUCUUCCGACUCCGGUAGCUCCGGCACCUCGGACUCUUCCUCCAGCUCCUCCGGCUCUGCUACCGGCACCAACGCCGCCGGAUCCAACAGCGCCCCCUCCAUUGCCCUUGGUGGCCUUGGUGGUUUCUUCAUGCUUCUCGCAUCCCUCGUCUAA